UACGUCCAUUGACGAUGUUUGCUCGCUCUCAGCCAUUUGUGGUCACUCAUUUCAAUCUAGUUCUUUCUCCUUAUUCUUUGUCUUUCUUUCUCUCUCUCUCUCAUUCUUUCUAUUUAUGUUUCUUUUUUUGGUUGGGUUAAUUGCAUAGUCUCUGCUUGGUUUGAAUGAGCGAUGUGAUAACGACGUGGGCAAGGGCGGAACCGAUGUGAUUGAUCGAUCUCGUUUCGAAAGAAACCCUUGUAUUUUAUUCCGAGGAAAAACAAUUCGAACAGGUGGGCUUGCUAGGUGUGCGGCAAUCUUUGUUCCGGCCACCAAAACAACACACCGUUCUCUUCUGUUUGUUCCCCCACAAAAGGUAAAGAAGAGGUUGAAAGUUACAAGACGCCUUUCAGUCAGACUCGAUCCGCCAUCAAAGCAUCGUUUCAACCGUCUUCCUUUUUCCCCCUUCCCCCCUUACCGGCCCUGGAUGAUCGACAGUCGAUCCGAUUAACACGUUGUGCGAUGGUCAUGGAUGGCUGUCAAUUGAUCGGGCUGCUCAUUCUUUGCCUACUGAUGGCCACGCCUGCUGUCUCCAUCAACUGGAUAGGUUUACACAGACACUGGGAUAGUGAGUUUUGGAAUUGGACUACGCUCAAUUCGUCCAGUCGCCAGAUUAACAACAUCAAAUCGACUUGCUGGUCGGCCGUCCGUCAGAAACUGUUGACCAAGGAGCAAGUUAAAGUGUGCCUCCAGCAGCCAGCUACGAUGCUCUCCGUUUGGGAGGCGGGCCAAUCCAGCAGUCAAGCCUGUCGGCAAGCCUUCGCCGAGCGCAGAUGGAACUGUAGCUCGAUCGACUUCCUCCCACGGAAGGCACCCGAUCUAUCUCACGGAACCAGGGAACAAGCUUGGGUGUAUGCGCUCACUUCGGCUGCACUGACUCGUGCAGUUGCACGAGGUUGUUCUUCGGGAAUUUUGAAGCAGUGCGCCUGCGGCUCGUUCCCGCGCCACCCUCCCGAUGGUCAAUUCAAGUGGGGAGGUUGCGGUGAUGACAUCAAAUAUGCUAAACAGUUCGCCAAAUCAUUUACGGAUGCAUCCCUGAAACGAGUAAAUCGCAAAGCGGCAACGAAUCUUUUGCGCGUUUCCGACCACAGCGAAUCACUGGGCGGACAUUCGGGUUCUGCUGUCCAGCACUGGAAAAAACCUCACGUCAUUUCCGCUGUGAACAUGCACAACAACCGCGUCGGUCGUAAAGUGGCCGAGCAAAGUCUACAGACGCAAUGCAAAUGCCACGGCGUUUCUGGUUCGUGUCAAAUUAAAACCUGCUGGCGAUCGCUGCCACCUGUUGGGGAAAUAGCCAGUCGAAUGAAAACGCUGUACGGAUUGGCUGUGGAAGUUACGCCUCGUCGACCAAACGACAUGCGCCGCCGGAGUGCCGUAGCUUCCGGAAGACUGGCCAUGUUGACGGCAAUCCAGCAUCAUCAUCCGCAGGCCCCUCCUAACUUGAUGGCAUCAACGGCCGUUCGAGACGGCGGUUUCAACGAGCAAGACCUUAUCUACAUCACUAAAUCACCUGACUUUUGUCGGCCGGAUAAACAAUCAGGCAGUUUGGGUACGGCCGGAAGGAUGUGCAACGCAACCCACGAAAGUAGCAGCGGGAGUUGCGCUUCCCUGUGUUGUGGGCGUGGUUACAUCACCGUUAUCCGUGAACAAGUCGAACGAUGCAAUUGCAAAUACAUUUGGUGCUGCACGCAGGUUCGCUGUAAAACGUGUCGACGUCAAGUCGAAAUGCACAUGUGCAAGUAGAUUCGACAUCAGAUCAUUGAACAUCACCAACCGAAAAUCCCAAGAAUUUUAAUUGUUUUUACUAAAACUGAUGUAUUUUUUUCCUGUUUAUUAAUUGAUUCCUGAAAUGUGUAUGUUGUAUCUUUAAAGAGUUUAUUUCAUUAUGUUCAGUACUUAUGCAGUAUUAAAUUGAUUAAAUAAU